AAAAAUAAAUAAAAAAAUCCAGAAAAGACAAGUGAAGGAAGCAGCAAGUAGCAACAGCAAUUGGAAACCCUAGAGAAGCUUGUUGACUCCUCUGACUGUCUUGUGAGAGAAGGCAAAGAGAGCUAGAGAAAACUCGAAUCUUCAAUCCAUUCCAUUGUCACGAUCAAUCUUCUUCAGCACAAACCUUUGCAGGGUGUAUAUCUAUCUGGUGGUGUCUGUCUUUUCUGAAAAUGGCAGAUGGUCAUGAAUCAGAUAAGAAUAUUGAAAUAUGGAAAAUCAAAAAGUUGAUUAAGGCAUUGGAGUCAGCGAGGGGUAAUGGUACGAGCAUGAUAUCUCUUAUAAUGCCUCCUCGUGAUCAAAUAUCUCGGGUCACAAAGAUGCUGGGUGAUGAAUUUGGAACUGCUUCAAACAUUAAAAGUAGGGUCAACCGUCAGUCUGUCUUGGCUGCCAUUACAUCUGCUCAACAGAGGCUCAAGCUUUAUAACAAGGUUCCUCCCAAUGGGCUGGUGCUUUAUACAGGAACUGUUGUUACUGAAGAUGGGAAGGAAAAGAAGGUGACAAUUGAUUUUGAGCCUUUCAAGCCUAUAAAUGCUUCACUUUACCUUUGUGACAACAAGUUCCACACAGAAGCACUUAACGAACUCUUAGAAUCUGAUGACAAGUUUGGCUUUAUUGUCAUGGAUGGGAAUGGCACCCUGUUUGGGACUCUAAGCGGUAACACACGAGAAGUGCUUCAUAAAUUUACAGUUGAUUUACCAAAGAAGCAUGGAAGAGGAGGGCAGUCUGCUCUUCGUUUUGCUCGCCUUCGGAUGGAAAAGCGGCACAACUAUGUUAGAAAAACUGCAGAGCUUGCCACACAGUUUUUCAUUAAUCCUGCUACCAGUCAGCCAAAUGUUGCUGGGCUUAUACUGGCAGGUUCAGCAGACUUCAAGACUGAGUUGAGCCAGUCAGAUAUGUUUGAUCCUCGUUUGCAAGCAAAAAUAUUGAAUGUGGUUGAUGUUUCUUAUGGGGGAGAGAAUGGUUUCAACCAAGCUAUUGAGCUGUCAGCUGAGAUUCUAUCAAAUGUAAAGUUCAUACAGGAAAAACGCUUGAUUGGGAAAUACUUCGAGGAGAUCAGCCAGGAUACUGGAAAGUAUGUCUUCGGUGUUGAUGACACAUUGAAGACUCUGGAAAUGGGUGCUGUUGAAACCCUUAUUGUGUGGGAAAAUCUAGAUAUUAAUCGAUAUGUUCUUAAAAGCAGUGUUACUGGUGAAAUAAUUAUAAAGCACUUGAACAAGGAGCAAGAGGCUGAUCAGAGUAACUUCAGGGAUGCAGCCAACUCUGCAGAGUUGGAGGUUCAGGAAAAGAUGCCUUUACUUGAGUGGUUUGCCAAUGAAUACAAGCGAUUUGGUUGCUCACUUGAAUUUGUUACCAACAAAUCGCAAGAGGGAUCACAGUUUUGCAGAGGGUUUGGUGGAAUUGGAGGUAUUCUUCGCUACCAGCUUGACAUUAGAUCUUUUGAUGAGUUGUCUGAUGAUGGUGAAGUUUACGAGGAUUCGGACUAGGAGAUCAUAAUGAUGUGAAAGCCUACAUCAGUGUGAUGGAUCUUUGUUACUGAUAUUGCUCAACACUUGAUACAAAUAAUUUUCUUAUUUUGCUGCUUUUCAUUGGAUGUUGGGAAUGUUUCAAUGAUUCCCCUUUUCUUUUAUCAACUCCUGCUGUUUUAUUUUUCUUCACCCUCUAGCGAUUUGGAUUUUGUGCAAAUAUGCCAAACUAUAAUGGUUUUUCUGUGCGGACUCAUACAAUAGAACAGAGAAAUUGGAUUUGCUUGGGGAAAUGGAAAGGUUGGUCCAAAAUUAUUUUUGAA